UUGUUUUGCCUCAUAACAUAUAUUUAGGUACCAAAAGCACACUUUCUCCAUUAUCUUCAAAACCAAGCAAAUCUCGAAGAAAACCCGCAUGAAUCUGGUUUUGCCCUAACCGACACAGUGACGAAAAAUCCUCAUUUUCGCGAAUUUCAUCGCCAAAAAUACAGAUGGUUCAGCAAGCUGGUGAGUAUGGCAUCAGCAACAAGGAUUCAAAUGUGUCUGGUCGUGAUAAGCAGAUUCCUGUCGUAGUGAAGAAGACGGCCUUGAGAGACGUGCAGAAUGAAAAUAGAAUCUCCAAAGCUACGGAUUCUUCUGUUGUUAAAGUUGUUGGUGCCAAGAGACCCUCGCCUCCUCCAAAUAGCCCGAUGAGCCCUCCUCAUCAGCAAUCUCCAAAUAGUAAUGCUGCGAAUGCUCAGCUUGUGUAUGUUCGAAGGAAAUCUGAGGCAGAAACGGGUAAGGGCAGUGUUUGUGACGGCAGAAGUGUUGAUGUAGAGGAGAUCAAUCAACCAAAACUGCAGUUAAAGGAGGGAAAAGUUAGUUCUUUUUCAGCAUAUGCGCCUAUGCAUGUGCCUGCCUUGAUAAGUGCGUCUGGAAACACUUCAGUUCCGCUUUCUGUUGGGAACCAUAGUACAAGGUUUGCUCCAAUACAGCCCAAUCAUAAUCAUGUCAGUGCUGCUGUUUCUUUGUUGAAUAAUCUGAAGGGACCGAAAAGUCUAAACUGGGAAGAGCGGUUUCAUCAGUUACAAAUUCUACUCAAGAAAUUAGAUGACUCGGAGCAGGAGGAUUAUGUACAGAUACUUCGUUCACUUUCAUCAGUGGAACUUAGCAGACAUGCCGUUGAGUUGGAGAAGCGAUCUAUUCAACUUUCACUGGAAGAAGCAAAAGAAGUGCAACGAGUUGGUGUUCUAAAUGUGUUGGGAAAGGUUAUGAAGAAAACUAAAGCACCCACAACUUCUCAAGGAGAGGCAGUAAAAUAAUACGAAUAUUGUAUAUUUUCACUCUUUUGCCGAAGAUCGAAAGUUGUCUGGAGGUAUCAGCUUUAACUCUACCAUACCUUCCUUCGCUUUCUUUAAUCCUAACCGCUCUAUUGUUUGUAUUAUCUCCAUUUUGUAGCAUUAGAAGUUGUUAAUGGUCGCACUGUAGUCUAGUUGUGUAAAGCAUGUUUCAUUCUUCUCGUUUAGACAUCUAACUAGCGACACUUUAUGUUGUACGAAAACUUGUAAAGCUCUAUGUUCCAACAUUCUACCUUCGUUUUCGGAAGAGAGACGGAAACUUUGACAUAUAUUCUUGUAAAUGGUAUCAUUUUGCUGGUUUCUGUUUCAA